GUACCGGGGAUUUGGAAGCAGGCCCGGAGGUGGUGCGAGGGUAGAUCCCAGGAAUCUGGGGGUGAUCCCGAAAAUUUCGGGGAGAUCCCAGGGGCAGUAUCGAGGGUCCAUGGUAGUACCGGAGAAGGGGAGCCGGCCCCGGGGGCGAUCCCGGAGGCGGUACCGGGGAUCUGGGGGCGGUCCCGAGCCGGUCACGGUCUCCCGACAGGGGUCGCGAAGAAGAGCCCGGGGCACUCCCUCGGCGCGGGGCCAGGACCGGUGCCAGAAGCCGCGGGCGGUGCCAAGGGCGGUCCCGAUCUCCCGGCAGGCGGUCCCGAAGAAGACCCCGGGGCAGUCCCUCGGUGUGGGGCCGGAGCCGGUACCGGGAGCCCCGGGCGGUGCCAAGGGCGGUCCCGAGGCGGAGCCGAUCGCGAUCGCAGUGCUAGUGCCGGUGUCGGGGCAGCGACGGAGCCCGGGGCAUGGCGGGCCUGGGUGCCUCGGAACCGGGCACCGGCCCCGGUGCUGUCCCGGCCACUCGCGUGGAACUCACAGUGUCCUGCAGCUCCUGGACAGGGACACCUUCUCCAAGUCGGACCCAAUCUGUGUGCUGUACACGCAGAGCCCUGGCAGCCACCAAUGGCGGGAGUUUGGCCGAACCGAGGUCAUCGACAAUUCCCUGAAUCCUGACUUCCUGCACAAGUUUGUCCUUGAUUAUUGCUUUGAGGAGCGGCAGAACCUCCGCUUUGACCUGUAUGAUGUGGACUCCAAGAGCCCUGACCUCUCCAAGCAUGAUUUCCUCGGCCAGGCAUUCUGUACCCUGGGAGAGAUCGUGGGCUCAGCUGGCAGCCGCCUGGAGAAGCCCCUGACGAUGGGGACAGCCACCAUGCAUCCCCGGGGCAGGAGACCUGCCUUGGCUGCCUCCAGUGGUGGCAUUCUAGGGAAGAAGUGCGGCACCAUCAUACUCCUUGCUGAAGAGCUGGUAAACUGCCGGGAUGUGGCCACACUCCAGUUCUGCGCCAACAAGCUGGAUAAGAAGGAUUUCUUUGGAAAAUCUGACCCCUUCAUGGUCUUCUACCGCAGCAAUGAAGAUGGGACUUUUACCAUCUGCCACAAGACGGAAGUGGUGCGGAACACACUGAACCCUGUCUGGGCGGCAUUUGCCAUUCCUGUGUGUGCCCUCUGCAAUGGGGACCAUGACCGAGCCAUCAAGGUAGAGGUAUAUGACUGGGACCGUAAUGGCAGCCAUGACUUCAUUGGGGAGUUCACCACCAGCUACCGGGAGCUGGCACGAGGCCAGAGCCACUUCAACGUGUAUGAGGUGGUGAACCCCCGGAAGAAGAUGAAGAAAAAGAAGUACCUGAACUCGGGGACAGUGACACUGCUGUCCUUCACUGUGGAGGCCGAGCACACCUUCCUGGACUACAUCAGGGGCGGGACCCAACUCAACUUCACAGUGGCCAUUGACUUCACAGCAUCCAAUGGGAACCCGUCACAGCCCACGUCCCUGCACUACCUGAGUCCCUUCCAGCUGAAUGCUUACAGCCUGGCACUGAGGGCCGUGGGGGACAUCAUCCAGGACUACGACAGUGACAAAAUGUUCCCAGCCCUUGGCUUUGGUGCCAAGGUUCCCCCAGAUGGGCACGUGUCCCACGAGUUCCCACUGAAUGGGGAUGCAUCAAACCCGGCGUGCCAUGGCAUUGCGGGGGUGCUGGAGGCAUAUCAGCGCAGCCUGCGCCAUGUCCAGCUCUAUGGCCCCACCAACUUUGCCCCUGUUGUCAACCAUGUUGCCCGCUCGGCGGCCACGGUGCUGGACGGGUCCCAGUACUUUGUCCUCCUCAUCAUCACCGAUGGUGUCAUCUCUGACAUGGCCCAGACCAAGGAGGCCAUCGUCAAUGUGAGACCCUCGUGGUGGCAUUGCGGUGGGUGGUGGCACCCCUGGGUGCUGGGACCCUUGGCUAAUGGGGGCAGCGGGAAGGGAUUGAGACCCUUGAGGGGGUAGGAAAGGUUGGGGACCCCUGGGUGCUGGAGUGUUGAGGAGGAGCUAGAACCCUUAGAGGUCAGGAAGGGGCUUGGACUCCUGGGUUCUAAGGGACUGGGGAUGGCUGGGACUCCUUGGGUGAUGGGGUGGGUGAGGAGGAGCUGGGACCCUGAAGCUGAGAGGGAGGGGUGGGUUGGACCCUUGCAUGCUGGAAGGGAGGGGGGAAGGGGCUGAGACCCCUGGGUGCUGGGGCAGUGAGGAGGGAUUGGGACCAUUGAGAGGUGGGAAAGGGCUUUGACCCCUGGGGUUGAGAAGGGGCUUGGACCCCCAGGGUUCGAUGUGUAGGGGUGUCUGGAAUCCCUGGGUGCUGCAGGGGAGCUGGGAAGUUCCUGGAGCCCCCUGGUGCUGGUGGGGAGGUCUGAGACCUUUGGGUGGUGAGGGGGGUGGUGAGGGACUGGAAUCCUUGAGGGAGGGGGUGUUGGCACUCCUGGGUGCUGUGGGGAGGGAAAGGUGGCUCAUUUGGUGGCAAUAUCAUUAAAUUG